GUGGCAGGGGAAGGGACCAGAUCAUUCAAGGGCCCUUGGCCAUCUUUUCUCUAACCCCUGCGCCUAUGCCGCGUGCCGUAUAGACUGAGCGGGCUCUAAAGAAGCUCAGAGGCUGAGCAAUCGAGCUGCAGUACCACGCAGCUGAGCAUUGGCCAUCCACCCUGCCAGGCAGUGCAGGACACCCAGCUGGGGAGGAGAUGGUGCAUGUGGGGCUAGAACGGACCACCAAACUACCACAUCCGACAGGUAGCCCUGCGGUUUGCUCUUAGUGUGAUGCAUAUAUAACCGCUAUAUAACACCGACUCUUCUGCAAAAGCUUAUGUAAAUGUACUGAAGCUCCAAGGAGACAGAAAGAUGUUAGAGGGUUUGUUAGAGAAGGUCUGGUAAAUGGACAAUUUGCUCAUCUUUAAAGAGUGAGUUGUGUAUGCAGAUCAGAACACGGGCAGAAUUCUGAAUGAGGGACUUAAUUUAAGGCAGAUCAAGGAGGAGCUGGCUUCUGACCCGGCUGGUGGAGGAAAAAAAAGAACUAAGCACGGCACUUCUUGAUUUUGGAUGUAAACAGCCUCAGAUAUCCAGAAUGUCAGUGAGCGGCCUGGAUGUGAUCUACAUCACGCUGGAGUCUGUUAUUGGGAUAUUUGCAGUGGUGGGCAACACUUUGGUGAUCUGGGCAGUGAAGCUGAACCCAGCUCUUCAGAAGACCACCUUCUUUUACAUCAUUUCGCUGGCACUCACGGACAUUGCCAUGGGGAUGCUGAUCACGCCGCUGGCUGUCAUGGUGAGCCUGGGAGUCAUCACCCAUUUCUACUCCUGCCUGUUCAUGUGCUGCCUGAUGAUGAUCUUUUCUCAUGCCUCGAUCCUGUCUCUCCUGGCCAUCGCAGUCGACAGGUACCUGCGAGUGAAGCUGCCAACCAGGUACAGGGCAGCCAUCACGAAGAAAAGGAUUUGUGUGAUUCUGGGACUCUGCUGGCUCGUGGCCGUGCUGGUGGGGCUGGUCCCCAUGAUGGGGUGGAACCAGCACAUGGGUGGCUCCAGCUACAUCGAGUGCCACUAUUUGGCUGUGAUGAGAAUGGAUUAUGUGGUGUAUCUCAGCUUCUUUGCCUGUAUCCUCCUUCCCUUGCUCGUCAUGUGUGUCCUCUACGCUGAGAUUUUCUACAUCAUGUGGAUAAAACUAAGGCUGAGCUCAGCAAGUCCUCCGGGAGGAGGAACAAUCUGUGGGAAGGAAUACAAAAUGGCCAAAUAUCUGGCCCUCAUCCUCUUCUUGUUUGCGAUCUCUUGGCUGCCUCUGGGCAUCCUGAACUGCAUUGCAUACUUCUGCCCCUCCUGCACCAUCCCGCUGCCUCUGAUGUACCUGGGCAUCCUGCUGUCUCAUGCCAACUCAGCCAUGAACCCCAUCGUCUACGCCUUCAAAAUACAGAAGUUCAAAGAAACAUACAUUUUCAUUUUGAGGACUUACAUCCUGCUCCAGAAGUCAGAGUCGGUUAUUUCUAGCUCAGGGCACACAGCGGAGCAGCUGGAAGCGAGCACCAUCUGAGCUGUGCUCCGCUCGUCCGUCUGUCCAAAACAGCGUGGGAGCAACAGGAGUGG